UGAAUAUAUAAGACUACAAAUAUUUUCAUUAAUUCUUUCUUUUGGGCUUUAAAAAAAUCUCAUUUUAAAUUCUUAAUUCUAUUCAGACUAUAAUAGCUAAUACAUGUCUAGUGCUUACUACAAACGCCACGUACUGUUCUAGACACUAGUAAGUUUUGAUUCUAAUAAGAAAGCCACAUAGAGUAUUUACAGCUAUUAUACAAGACAGCACCCUCAAGGAGAAGAAUGCAGGGCAGUACUGAAAACUUAAGUAACUGCAAAGUCUAUAGUCCAGAGGGUUUUUUUGUAAAGCAUUUAUAUUGACACCCAGUUUAUGAACUAAAAACCUUAUAUAAAUCUGUAUUACUAAUCUAGAAAGGAAAGCGGCCUUUUGCCGUGGACUGUGUUCCACUUGGUCUGCCCCUGAUGCCUAAUAGCCAAUGAAACCGUUCUCAUUCCGAGGUUGUGGAGAUAAGCAACAGUGGAAAUGUAAUAACGACCUUAGAGUAUAAGUCAGUAGUCAGAACAGUCAAGGGUAUGGAUCCGAGACGAGGACUCUCAGAACCCGAUGUCUUCCUAGGGAGCGGGUUUCUGCUGGCUGCAGAAGGGGCGGAGCACGUUUCUGGUGAUACGCUGGAGGCGGGGCCCGCGGCUUGGGAGCGGGUCUCCCGGGAGCUGUGGAGACAACCUGAGAGGACGCCCAGCGCGUGCGCAGGCGCAGUGGGCCGCGAGGAGGGAGGGAUCCAGCCGGCCGUCCCGAGGAGCGCUGACCGGCUGGCAGCUGUGGGCACGAUGAGACCCGAAGAGGAGCGGCCCGUGGAGGGGGGCGCCUGCGUCGGCGUCUCCCAGCUGGAGCUGUUGAAGCUGCGCGCCGCGGAUUGCAUCGACGAAGCGGCCGAGCGCCUGGGGGCUCUGAGCCGAGCGAUCUGGAACAAGCCGGAGUUGGCCUACGAGGAGCACCAUGCCCACGGCGUGCUGACGCGCUUCUUCGAGAGCGAGCCCCCGGCCGGGUCGUGGGCCGUGCAGCCGCACUACCAGCUGGCCACGGCCUUCCGCGCCGAGUGGGGGCCGCCGCCGCGGGGGUUGGCGGCGACGCGCCCGCUGCACCUGGGCUUCCUUUGCGAGUACGACGCGCUGCCCGACAUCGGGCACGCCUGCGGCCAUAACCUAAUCGCCGAGGUCGGGGCGGCGGCCGCCCUGGGUGUGAAGGGGUGCCUGGAGAGCCUCCCUGGGCCGCCUCUGCCGGUGAAGGUAGUUGUCCUGGGAACUCCUGCGGAAGAAGAUGGUGGUGGCAAAAUUGAUUUAAUUGAAGCAGGGGCUUUUACAAAUCUUGAUGUUGUUUUUAUGGCGCAUCCAUCUCAAGAGAAUGCUGCUUAUCUACCAGAUGCAGCUGAGCAUGAUUUGAUUGUGAAAUACUAUGGAAAAGCAUCUCAUGCUGCUGCUUAUCCCUGGGAAGGACUAAACGCAUUGGAUGCAGCUGUUCUUGCCUACAACAAUCUGUCUGUGUUAAGACAACAGAUGAAACCAACCUGGAGAGUUCAUGGUAUAAUAAAAAAUGGUGGUGUAAAACCCAAUAUCAUUCCCUCUUAUUCUGAAUUAAUCUAUUACCUCCGUGCACCCUCCGUGAAAGAACUUCCAGUUUUGACCAAAAAGGCAGAAGAUUGCUUCAGAGCUGCAGCUUUGGCUACUGGGUGCACAGUAGAAAUUAAAGCUGGAGCACAUGAUUAUUAUAACGUUCUUCCCAAUAAGAGCCUGUGGAAGGCUUAUGUUGAAAACGGAAAAAAGCUGGGCAUAGACUUCAUUUCAGAAGAUGCAGUGUUCAAUGGCCCUUCAGGAUCUACCGACUUUGGAAAUGUUACUUUUGUGGUUCCUGGGAUUCAUCCAUAUUUUUACAUUGGAUCUCAAGCCUUGAAUCAUACAGAACAAUAUACUGAAGCUGCAGGGUCACAAGAAGCUCAGUUCUACACCUUGCGAACGGCCAAAGCGCUGGCAAUGACUGCAUUGGAUGUUAUUUUUAAGCCAGAGUUGCUAGAAAAAAUCAGAGAGGACUUUAAAUUGAAACUUCGAGAAGAAGAGUUUUUAAAUACAGUAGAAUAAAAGGAAAGUUUAGGAGCCACUUAUGGAUCAUUAAGAAGUGUGAUUUUUUCCUUAAUCUUUUUUAAUAGGGAGGAGGAUGUGGCUUGUUUUUCAGUCUUAAAGGAGUCAUGUUUCUCUUACCUGAAAAGUGAGGGUGUGAUGUGGAGAAAACAUGUCACCUCAUACUUAGAAUCAAAAUUUCACAAAUCUGUAUCUGAUGGAAUUAUAGUUUUUCAGAGCUGGUAUGUGAUAGCAUUUUGUAAAUAACCUGGAUGACACAGUUUAUCAGAGAUUAUAUUUUCUAAAUCCAUAUGUUGUAUGAAUAUACUUUAAAAGAUCCAAGAAAUUUCAAACCUUAUAUUCAGAAUUGACACCUGAAUGAUUUUUUUGGUAGAGGGUGGUAAACUUGUGCUCUAAAGUUGUUCUAAAAUUCAAGCACUAAAUUUAGGGAAAGUUCAUUUGGACUCUCUGACUAUACCUGCUUAGAUUUAGAAAAUUUCUUCAUUGGUAAUAAAGGUAGUGCUUUUAAUCAGGAAUGCUAUGCAGAAACCAUGAGAAACUCAGGUACAAAGAAUAAACUUUGGUUUUUACCAUUUGAAGGAAAAUGAAAAAAAUUUUAUUCUCAAAUUUACUCUAAGAAGUGGCAUUAAAGUGCUCUUCCUCAUUCCAUAUUUCUGUAAUAGGAAAAAAGAUGGAUAGCGUUAGACCCUUCCCAUAAGCUGUUUGCUUGGUGACCCCAUAUGUCUAGAGGAAUUUACUGAGAGAGGAGCAGUGCCUCCUUACUUUGACUGUUAAUGCCUGAAACUGGUCCCUUCUACCUAGCACCUCUAUUCAGGCUUCCCCUCAGAACCAGACCAUUCUGUCCAGCCUGACUGGACAGUAUAGUUUACUGAGUUUAGGCGACAGAAUUCUAAGCAUGCUAGCACAAGCCAAACUAAAAAGCAUUUUAAGUUUUUUCUGGUGUGAUUUUCUUGAACAUAAUAAAAGAAUGUGAAAAAAGUAUCCAGUGUAACAAAUAUUUUAAGCUGUGAAUAAGUGAAGGUCCAGUGUACUUUAAAGGGAGUCCUCACAUUUGAGCGAAAGUGUCCCCAAAAUGGAAGGAGAGAAAAGGCAGCGUUCGGCCUCUGCACCUUAAACCAGUCACUUGGGUGCCCUGAGUCUUUAGUUUCUCAUUUGGAAAGUUAGAUGAGAUCCCUUAUCCAUAGAGUCCUUUAAACUCUAAUUCCUCAUCUGAAAUUAUUCAAAGUUGAAAGAAAGAGGGGAGAAUUUUAGAGGAGAAUGAAUAGUUGAGAAUUGCUUUUCUUCUGUAUCAGGGGUCUGCUGACUGUAGCCUGAUUUGGCAAGCGGCCUGAUUCUAUAUGGCCAGCAUGCUAAAAAUGGUCUGUACGUUUUUAAAGGGUUCCUAUAUAACAGUAAAAUAAAAACAUUCUCUUUGGUUUACAACAUAUAAUCACAUUUUAUCCUAGAAUAAAACUUCAGUCCUCUGAAUUGAAAACAUUGAGAAAGGGAUGUAGAUGGUAGUGCCCUGGUGUCGACCUUUAUAAUGCACUGGGCUUGUCCUUAUUGGGGGUUCUGGCACUUUAGAAGUUUGCUUUCUUUUAGCAUUUACUUUGUUCUAGGAUGUAGCUACCCUGCUGCCUUAAGACCGUCCCCUAUGCAAGCCGCUCUUCUAACUCUUCAUCUCUGCUUUUAGAGCUUGAUCCUCCAUGACACUCUUUGUCUGAUUAUUUAUAAUCUCAAAAUGUCAUGGUGGGAUGUAUUUUCCAGAUAGGAAAAGGAUGAACAAAGGCUUCAUGCUGAGAAUGGCUAUCCAAAGACCUCUGGUUUAUCAAAACAGUUAGUUUCCUAAUUAUCAAUUAAUAAACUUCUCAGUUACAAGCUUUAAAUUCCUUAUAUAGGGAGUUCCCCAGUAGCUUAGGGGCUAAGAAUCUGGCAUUGUCACUUGCUGUGGCUCAGGUUCAGUCCCUGGCCUGGGAACUUCUGCAUUCUGCAGGUGCAGCUGAAAAAAAAAAAAAAAAAUCCUUAUGUAAAUCUUGCACACUCUAAGGAAUGUGCCCUUACGCUCUAAAGCCUUGAUAAAAGUCUAGAACAGUUACUGUUAACCAGUCUCCUGACAUACUGAUAUUCUGUCUUUUGUGAACUAUCACCAGUUGAUUGUUUGGAGUCAUCUCCCUUUUAGAAACAAAUUAGUGUCAGGUUAGCAUUCUGACUUUACUGAUUUACUUGCAUCCUGACAAGUAUCCUGCAAGGUGUGGAGUUGCUGCUGGUGUGCAGGGAAGAGGUGUGAUGUGUAGCAACACCGCCUGCCCCAGCCCAGCCUGAGAGGUGGUGUCAAUGUACCACGAGGAUUACGUCAUUUCUGAGUUUCUGUGAGACUGUUUUCCUUUCAGCAUUUUAAAAACUUGGUCAAAAUAUGAGAUUAUCCAUUGGAAUAGGUCCUGGAUUUAUCCUGUCCGAAAAGAGGUUAUGAACUGGUGCUCUGGAGUCUUAUCUGGGAGUAUUCGGCUGCCCCCACCCCAGAUCUCACCUUGCCAUUUCAGCCUAUUAUUACUUUACGUUAUUAGUAUUAGUAUUACUUUAACAGCUAUUUAACAUACUUCAGAUUUUUUAAAACCCCUUUUUACUUCUUGUAUACACUGAGUUAAUUGAGCCAUAUUACACUAAAAGGUGUAAAUAAAUACAUAGAAAAAUGCCAGGUCAGAAAAUCUCAUGUCCAGAGGAACCAGCUGUAGCUCAUCUUCAGUAUCCACCUGAAUUUGGGAGACUGCUUCCUUUGUCACAGUGGUUUCUUCUUUUGGAACUGAGUUCUUUCUUUAGCCUCAUAAUUCAGUGGCAUAUUUGUAAUAUGCUAAAUUUUCAUAAACGUAUAUGCUUCUUAGCAUAAAUUACCAUUGUUGAAUAGUGCUCACAUUUUGGAUUAAGUCUUCAAAGAUUUGGGGAGAUAAAUGAGAAACCACUAGAUUACAUGAGAACUGUGUCACUUUUAGAUAAGAAGGGUUUUAUAUAUAUAUAUAUAUAUAUAUAUAUAGCUCUUUAUACUUAACAGAUGAAUAUUUUUAGGAGGUUGGCAUAUGGCUGGGACUUUUAAAAGUUGAUACUUUUUUAAUCAUGUUUUUGAAGAAGGGGCCAACUAAGUUUUUCUCCCAGAAUUAGUUUGAAUGAUGACACUUUACUAUCGUUUAGAUUCAGUGAUUAUACAUUCUUCCUCCACUAGAUUGUAUAGUCUUUGAAGCCAUCGUCUUUUUAAUAUGCUUAAUUUCCUUUGAGUACACUAAGACCUGACUCUUUAAAAAAAAAAAAAACUGAAAGUUGAAUAUAAUAUGAUUUUAUAAUAUACUAUUAAGUUGAAACUAAUAUGAUUUUUAAAAUAUUGAAUUAACUCUGACCUUAGCUAGAGAUAUGGGUGGACCUACUUGAGGUAUCUUUGUUUUUAUGGAAAAUGCUUUUAUUGUAUGCUUUUUUUUUUUUCACAAUUUUUCAUUGUGCACAGCCUGAACUGAAAGCCUUUUUGUCAAGUAUCAACUUUUGGUUAUCUUUGUUAAAUUAAUAGACUUUAAAGAUAUAAUCCAAAGUAAUGGUUUAAAUUUAAUUAUAGGUUGAAAAUGUUUUCUCUCUCUUUUUAAGAGUUGCACCCGAGGCAUAUGGAAUUUCCCAGGCUAGUCGUCAAAUCGGGAGCUACAGCUGCUGGCCCUCGCCACAGCCACAGCAACGCCAGAUCCAAGCUGUGUCUGUAACCUACACCAUAGCUCACGGCAACACCAGAUCCUUAACCCACUGAGCGAUGCCAGGGAUCGAACCCUCAUCCUCAUGGAUCCUAGACGGGUUUGCUAACCGCUGAGCCACAAAGAGAACUUCUGAAAAUAUUUUUUUCUUUUGUGACUUAAUUUUAACAGCAAGCCUGACUGAAUAUGGGACCUUUAUAAAACAAUUAUGUGGCACUGCUAAGUUACUAUAUACUUUAUAAUAAGAUUGAGUAUAGCUAAUAUUUAGCUUGCCUCUUAAAAUUCUCAGACUGCUUUUCGUUUUAAAAACUACCUGCGUUUUAUGAACUACUUGGGGUAAUUUUCCCUUUUAAUUGCUUCUUCCUAUAGUACUCAUAAGGGCUGGGGUGUUUAGAAGAAACUAGAAUAUUUUCAUGUGUUUAUGAAUACUUGUAUAAACUGAAAGUGUUUCAAUUUCCAUGAUCCUCCAAAGGACAGUUUUUUUAUUAAGUUGUAUUGAUAUAUGAACUGUUAUAAUUUCAGCAGUUGAGUUCAGGGAACAUUUGUCAAGGAGAGCCUACUUCUAAGCACUGGGGAUGAGGAGAAGAGUAAAAUAUGGACCUUGCCCAAAAAGCUUGUUGGUGGUGGCAAGUUCUCAUAAGAUUUGCUUCAUCUGAACAACAGUGGGAUGGAGGGACUCUCCAAAGGCUGUGGUCUUGGAAAGUUUUGAGGAAGUGUUUCUACAAUAUAUAAAAAUACCUGAGUCACUUCAGUCUCUUUGAAUAGAAGAAAUUGAUAUGAAAAGUCUUUUCUUAAAGAACGAUUGUCUAAUUUUAUAAGAUGUUCUUUUUAAAAAACUUUUCUAUAGUUAUGUUUUAUACAUUUCUUAACUUUUUUACCUGAAGCAUCUCUGGUCUUCUGGAAAGUGUCCUGCAUUAAAUGCUCAUAGUGCCUUCAGACUGUCAAAGUACAUUUUCAUUGUAAUAUAAGUCAAUUGUCUUUGUGCUAACCAGCACCUCUUUAGAAGUCUGUAAAGUAUGGAAAACGAUUUCUUUUUUUUUACCUACUUCAAGCAUUUUGCAAACCAGUUAUAUAGUUGAGGAUGGUACAUUUUGAUAUGUGUGAAGUUAGUAUUUUCAAGUAAGCCCAAUCAGUUUCUACUACUAUCGGAUCAUAGUAAUUUUUUAAAUAUCUACAUAUAUAUUGAGGUAUGUAUGAAAAAAUCUAAAAUGCUAAUAAAUAUGUUUAUCAAAUAGC